AAUCGCAAUAGUGUUUACAAUAUUCAGUUCCCGUUUUCGGGCCAUGUCUUCUCUGCAACGAAGUUAACUUGAUCACUGUCAUCCUCGUUAAUUCUUCUUCUUCUUCUUGUUCUGCUGGGUUAUUCCCAGCCAUGGCUUCUUCAAUGGCGAAGAAUUUAAUUAGAGACAACGUGCCACUCUCGCGCUUCGGCGUUCUGGCAGCUCAACUGGAAUCCAUUGUGGCCUCUGCAGCUCAGCAAUCUCCAGACCCGCUCCUUUGCUUCGAUCUGCUAUCCGAUCUCAUCUCCGCCAUUGACGAAGGCACCAAGGACUCCAUUUUGUUGUGGCAAAGGAGAUGCGAGGAUGCGCUAUAUUCCCUUCUUGUUAUAGGUGCACGUCGGCCAGUGCGUCAUUUGGCAUCAGUAGCAAUGGCAAAGAUUAUAUCAAAGGGAGAUGGGAUAUCAAUUUACUCUAGAGCAAGUAGUCUUCAGGGGUUUCUUUCUGAUGGGAAAAGAAGUGAACCUCAGAGAGUUGCUGGUGCUGCACAAUGCUUGGGAGAAUUGUAUAAGCAUUUUGGCAGACGGAUAACUUCAGGUUUACUAGAAACCACAAUCAUAGCAUCCAAACUUUUAAAAUUUAAUGAGGAGUUUGUGAGACUUGAAGCUUUACAUAUGCUUCAGAAUGCUUUGGAAGGCUCUGGUGGUAAUGCUGCUUCAUCAGCAUAUGCAGAGGCAUACCGUAUCAUUGCGCGAUCUGCAAUGGGAGAUAAGUCAUUUGCUGUGAGAAUAGCUGCUGCCAGAUGUUUGAAUGCGUUUGCGAACAUUGGAGGUCCAGGAUUAGGGGUGGCUGAGCUUGACAAUUCAGCCUCUUAUUGUGUCAAGGCCCUUGAGGAUCCUGUGUCAUCUGUCCGGGAUGCGUUUUCUGAGGCUUUAGGUUCCUUGCUUGCUCUUGGAAUGAAUCCUGAGGCACAGGUCCAGCCAAGAGGAAAGGGUCCUUCCCCUCCAGCAAAAAAAUUAGAAGGUGGACUGCAGAAGCAUUUAAUUUUAGCUUUCAGAAAAGGUAUAUUCUUGACUGGGUCUACAUGCAGAAAUGUUCGGGUUGGACUCACACUAUCUUGGGUAUUCUUUUUACAGGCCAUACGUAUAAAAUACCUAUAUCCAGAUAGUGAGCUUCAAAACUUUGCAUCACAAGUUAUGGAAAUGCUUGAUGCUGAUGCCUCAGUUGAUGCUAAUGCACUGGCUUGUGUUCUUUAUAUCCUUCGUGUUGGUUUAACAGAUCAAAUGACAGAACCUACUCAACGGAACUUUUUGGUUUUUCUAGGGAUGAAGCUUCAAUCCCUAGAGGCGGGUGCUUCUGUGAAGGUGGCUGCAUUACGUACUCUGUCAUAUACUCUAAAAACACUGGGAGAGGUCCCACUGGAAUUUAAGGAAGUUCUUGACAACACUGUAGUUGCAGCAGUGUCUGAUUCAUCGAAGCUAGUUCGGGUAGAGGCUGCUUUGACACUACGUGCAUUGGCUGAAGUUGAUCCAACUUGUGUUGGUGGGCUAACUUCAUACGGGGUUACCACUCUCACUGCUUCAAGGGAAAGUUUAUCUUUUGAAAAGGGAGGCAGUUUGCAGUUUGAGCUGGAUUCUUUGCAUGGGCAGGCUUCUGUCUUGGCAGCUUUGGUAACUAUUUCACCAAAAUUACCUCUAGGUUACCCUGCUAGGUUGCCUAGAUCAGUGCUUGGUGUUUCAAAGAGAAUGUUGACUGAACACAGUCGAAAUCCUGUGGCAGCCAUGGUUGAAAAAGAAGCUGGGUGGUUGCUUUUAUCAUCUUUAUUGUCUUCUUUAACGAAGGAGGAGCUUGAAGAGGAAGUCUUUGAUAUUCUUUCCUUAUGGGCUACCCUUUUUACUGGGAAUCCAGAAAAUGAAGUUCGGCAAACUGGGGAUUUAAUGUCAAGAAUAAAUGUCUGGUCUGCAGCUGUUGAUGCUCUCACAGCAUUUAUAAGAUGCUUUUUGUCUGGUAAUUUUGCAAACGGCGGAGUAUUACUCCAACCAAUUCUUGUAUACCUCAGUAGGGCAUUAUCAUUUGUAAUAUUUUUAAGAGCCAAGGAACUGCCUAAUGUAAAGCCAGCAUUGGACAUUUUUACCAUCAGGAUAUUAAUAGCCUACCAAUCUCUUCCUGAUCCUGGGUCAUAUAAAAAUGACCACCCACAAAUUAUUCAACUAUGCACAACUCCAUUCAGGUAUGCCUCAGGAUGUGAAGAGAGUUCUUGCUUGAGGUUGCUGUUGGACAAGAGAGAUGCUUGGUUGGGCCCAUGGAUUCCUGGAAGGGAUUGGUUUGAGGAUGAGCUUCGUGCUUUUCAAGGUGGGAAAGAUGGCCUUAUGCCCUGUGUUUGGGAGAAUGAACUUUCUGGCUUUCCUCAGCCGGAGACAAUAAGCAAGACUUUGGUGAAUCAAAUGCUUCUCUUCUUUGGUACUAUGUUUGCUUCUCAGAAUAGUGGUGGCAUGCUCUCGCUUCUUGAAAUUAUUGAUCAGUGUUUGAAAGCUGGAAAAAAACAGCACUGGCAUGCUGCAAGUGUCACCAAUGUCUGCGUGGGGUUACUUGCAGGCUUCAAGUCCUUACUUUCAAGGCCACAAACGUUAGGACAGGAGAUUCUGGGAUUGGCACAAUCUAUUCUUGAGGGUAUAUUGGUGGAGGGAGACAUCUGUGCAUCCCAGCGUAGAGCAUCGGCAGAAGGCCUUGGUUAUUUAGCUCGACUUGGAAAUGAUGUUUUCACUGCAAGAAUGACUCGAUCACUACUUGGAGACCUGAAUGUAGCCACUGAUUCCAACUAUGCUGGAUCAAUUGCUUUUGCACUUGGCUGCAUUCAUCACAGUGCAGGAGGGAUUGCACUGUCAACUUUAGUGCCUGCUACAGUGAGCUCUAUCUCUUCACUGGCUAAAAGUUCAGUUGCUAAUCUACAAAUCUGGUCUAUGCAUGGGCUUCUUUUGACUAUUGAAGCUGCUGGCUUGUCCUAUGUUUCUCAUGUCCAGGCAACCCUUGGCCUUGCUAUGGACAUUCUUCUAUCUGAUGAAAGUGGAUUAGUUGACAUUCGGCAAGGAGUUGCCCGCCUUAUAAAUGCUAUUGUUGCUGUACUUGGUCCGGAACUUGCACCAGGCAGCAUCUUUUUUUCACGCUGCAAGUCUGCUGUCGCAGAGAUAAGCUGCCGGCAAGAAACUGCAACUAUGCUUGAGAGUGCACGCUUUACACAGCAACUUGUUCUUUUUGCCCCACAGGCUGUUUCUGUGCACUCCCAUGUGCAAACUCUUCUCUCUACCUUGUCAUCAAGACAGCCAACAUUACGGCAUCUUGCUAUCUCCACUCUAAGACAUCUUAUUGAGAAAGAUCCAGAUUCCGUUAUCGUUGAGCAUAUUGAGGAUAACUUGUUCAUUAUGCUGGAUGAAGAAACUGACUCUGAAAUCGGUAACCUGGUACAGACAACAAUUAUGCGAUUACUCUAUGUAUCCUGCCCUUCGUCUCCGUCUCAUUGGAUAUCAAUAUUUCGCAAAGUGGUCCUUGCAACAUCAAUUAGAAACACUGAAAAUAGCAAUAAGGCAGGAAAUGACAACUCAGAUGCUGAUACAAGGUUGAACUUUGGGGAUGAUGAAAAUAUGGUUUCUAGCUCCAGUGGUAACCAGGGUUACAAAUUUGAAGCUUCCAUUGGCACUGCUAAUAGAGAGAGGCACCUCAGAUAUCGGACCAGACUUUUUGCGGCAGAGUGUUUGAGCCAUCUACCUGAUGCUGUAGGAAGAAAUCCUGCACAUUUUGACCUCUUCUUGGCAAGGAAACGUGUGAAUGUUCAGGCCUCCAGUGAUUGGCUAGUUCUACACUUACAAGAGUUAAUAUCACUGGCUUAUCAGAUAAGCACCAUCCAGUUUGAGAACAUGCAACCUGUUGGUGUGGGUCUCCUUGGAACCAUCGUGGACAAGUUUGAAAAAGUUGCAGACCCUGAGCUUCCUGGACAUCUUCUGCUGGAACAGUAUCAGGCCCAACUAGUUUCUGCAGUUCGUACUACCUUGGACACAUUCUCUAGUCCUAGUUUGCUGGAGGCAGGCUUGCACUUGGCUACGAAGAUAUUGACAAGUGGAAUAAUUAGUGGAGAUCAAGCAGUGGUCAAGCGCUUAUUUUCAUUAAUUUCUCGCCCACUGCAUGACUUUGAGAACAUUUAUUAUCCUUCAUUUGCAGAAUGGGUUACAAGCAAGAUUAAAGUAAGACUUCUGGCUGCGCAUGCUUCACUCAAAUGUUAUAUAUAUGCAUCAAUGAGGAAGCAUGGAGAUGUAAUUCCGGAAGAAUACCUGGCAUUAUUACCGUUAUUCCAGAACAGCUCAAGUAUUCUGGGGAAGUAUUGGAUUCGUACGUUGAAGGACUAUAGUUAUAUAUGCUUGUGCUUGAGUCCGAAAAGAAAGUGGAAUCUGUUCCUUGAAGGACUCCAAUCACCUGUUGCUUCUUCAAAGUUGCAGCCAUGCUUGGAAGAAUCUUGGCCUGUAAUAUUGCAAGCACUCGCACUUGAUGCAGUUCCUGUGGGCUUUGAAGGGACUGAGUGCACCGAAGCCUCACAUGAAACCACCCAAAAAAGUAUAUCUGCAUCUGAAUAUAGUAUGGUUGAAUUGACCAGGGAAGAUUUCCAGUUCCUGUGGGGGUUUUCUCUUCUAAGUCUGUUCCAGUCAAAAGAUACUUCCCUUUCCAGGCCAAUUAUACGGCUGGCUUCUGUUAAAUUUAACCAUGGGCCAGACUUACCAACUCAUGAAGAGAAUCCUUCUGGGAUGAAGUUAUAUGAAAUUGUUUUGCUGGUUUUUCAGUUUCUCUUAGCUGAGAGAUUUUCUAGAGGGGGAUUCCUUACCAUGGAUAUCUGCAGAGAACUGUUGCAGAUUCUUUCAUAUUCCACCUAUUUGGAUAGUUCAUGGAAUAGUCUUGCAAUAUCUGUUUUGUCACAGGUUGUGCAGAACUGUCCACGAGAAUUUUUUGAUAGUGAAAAUUUUUCUCAUUUAGCUGUGGAGCUUUGCUUUGAUUACCUUUUUAAAGUAUUUCAGAGUACUGACUUACAUUCUGUGGGUCAUCCAUUGUGGGAGGAAAAUGUGAUACGUACACUAGGUAGCACAGCUAAAGUGGUUAUGCACCAUGUUGAAACCAAGAUGCAAAAGCAAUCAAAAUCAGUUGUUCUGGGAUUUAUUUUGAGUGGCUACAGGUGCAUUAAGGAGGCUUCCACUGAAUUCUGCUUCUCUGAAGCAAUUGAUGUGGUCAAUUGUGCAUACCCUUUGUUAGAAAAAGUCAUUGUUGAUGAGUCUAAGAUUAACGAAAGCAUCUUAUCUCUAAGAGAGAUACUUAGAACUUGUUUAAGUGUGGUGGCUACCCUGGCUAAGGAUUAUAUUGAAGGGUUUCAUUUGCUGGACGUCAAACAAGUCAACAAGGGCAAACUAUUGCAAAUGAAGUUAACAUUUUGUCUUGAACAAAUUAUAUAUAUUGCUAAACUGGUUCUCGAAGUUGAAUGCUUUGAAGAUUGCAAAGAAAGCAACUCCACCUUCGAUAGCACACUAAGAUAUUGUGUUAGAUGUCUUCAAACCAUACUUACUGAUUCUAAUACGCAGGUUCAAGUGAUAGGCUUGCAAGUUCUAAAAGUUAGGGUUCAAAAAGGUGCAAAUACAGAAGAUUCCAGCUUCUUGAUGUUUUUUGUUGGGGAACUCAUGACUGAUAUUUUCACCUUGAUUCAAAAAAUGUUGAAGCAGAAUCCUAUAACUAAAGAAUCAGUAACCAUUGUCAGUGAGUGCUUGAGUCUCAUGGUGCUAUUACAAACAAUGUCCAGAGGGAAGGAUUGCCAGAGAGGUUAUACGAAAAUACUUCUGGAGGCCAUUGUUAUGGUUUUCUUGUCAACUGGAGAUGGAUUCUCUCAGGAAGUCAAUGAUUUAAGAAGCACAGCCAUUAAGCUUGUUUCUCGCCUCGCUCAAAUUCCUUCUUCGGCAGUACAUUUCAAGGAUGCUAUGCUAUCAAUGCCUCCACUACACCGCCAGCAACUUCAGGAAAUAAUCCGAGCUUCUGUAACACCUGACAAAAAUGCAACAGAACUAAAGGUACCAGUUUUGGAUGUAAAAAUACCAAAGCCGGCAGCAGAGAGUGAAGAGAAACCUUCUGAACCACCUGCCACAGUGAAAACAGAAGACAGUAGUGUGGAGGAGGAGGAGGAAGAAGAAGUUAGUGAAGACGAUUGGGAUGCUUUUCAGUCUUUUCCUGUAUCUGCAAAUGAUGCUGGAGAUGAAUCAAAAACUGAGAAUGCUACUGAGGACCCUAACCUGGUUGAAGCAUCUCAUACAGAAGGCACUUCUGAUGAUGAUGGGAUUCGAGAACAUUGCAAAUCCAAAUCUGUGAACGAUGCUGAAAAUCCACAGGAAGUCAAAGAGGAAGCGACAUCACAGGAAUUAACGACAGAGCAAUGUGAUAUGCCAUCCAAUGACUGCUCUAACAAGCUACAGGAUAUUGAGCCUGGGGAAGGAGAACAACUGGUAAUUCAUGAUGUUCAUGAUAAGGAAACAUCAAUCCCAGAUACUGAACUGGUCUCUGACGAUCAUUUGUCUGACAAAGAAACCAAAGAAUUAGUUGAAGGGGAGUCAGAAGCUGAUAUUCUGCACAAAGAACAUUUACUUGAGCAAGAAGCAUCAGAUUCUGCAGUACUCAAACAAAGUUCAAGUGAAUCUGAUAACAAUGAACAGAUCAGGAAAUGCGAGGAUGCCAAGGAAGACGAUAUAAAUGAAAACAAGGGCUGUGAGCAGCAACAGAACAAGGAUGAUAGUCCUGUAGAAAGUGAAAAUAGUUCGAAAUAAGAAUGACUUGCUAAUUACUAGACAACACAGAGCGUGUAGUACACGUCAAUUCAGGUUCAUGAGAUUUUGUAGCUAUUAUCUCUUGUGUAUGGUAAUUUUUUUUUUUUUUAAUGUAACAUCGUAUGUGUCGGUGCUACCAUUAGCAUUUCAAUUAUGUAAAUUGGCAGUGUUUGAAAUUCAUUGAUGUGUUCCCUGCUUUAUUAACUAGUUCAAUCAUAGCUUUAUUUAUUUCCUUUCAUUA